AUGAAUUGGAAUCCUUUCUAUUUUACGUGCGCAUUUAUUCUUUGCUUUGCAAGUGGUGUAGGUGGUGUAGGUGGUGCAGGUGGUGCAGGUGGUGCAGGUGGUGCAGGUGGUGCAGGUGGUGCAGGUGGUGCAGGUGGUGCAGGUGGUGCAGGUGGUGCAGGUGGUCACUGUGAGCUUAUCUAUUCAUCUGAUAUAAGUUAA